CGGAGACUGUUUUUGUUUUAUUUUUUAUUUAAAAAAAAAUUUUUUUUAACGCGGCGAGCGGCGGUAGUACGUCUCGCGGUACAGCCCCCUUCCGGUCCUCUUUCCAGCUUCCCGUGCGACAUGACCAAGAAGAGAAGGAACAACGGCCGUGCCAAGAAGGGCCGCGGCCAUGUGCAGCCCAUCCGCUGCACCAACUGCGCCCGCUGCGUGCCCAAGGAUAAGGCCAUCAAGAAGUUCGUCAUCAGGAACAUCGUGGAGGCCGCAGCCGUCAGGGACAUUUCGGAGGCCAGCGUCUUCGACUCCUACGCUUUGCCCAAGCUCUACGUGAAGCUGCACUACUGUGUGAGCUGCGCCAUCCACAGCAAGGUGGUCAGAAACCGCUCCUGCGAGGCCAGAAAAGAUCGCACCCCUCCACCCCGAUUCAGGCCCAGUGGUGGUGCGCCCAGAGCUCCUCCGAAGCCCAUGUGAAGCGGAUUUUGAAAGUGCUGUUCCACAACAAAUGAAUUAAAGUUCUUUAGAAAAAGA